UAUGAGGAAGAAGAGGAGGAUGCCCUGCCUGACUCAGAUGAUGAGAUGGAAUUGGAUAAGCCUCGCCCCAUACAGAUUGUUCUUGCUCAUGAAGAUGACCAUAACUUUGAAUUAGAUGAAGCAGCAUUGGAAAAAAUCUUGCUUCAGGAACACAUCAAAGAUCUGAACAUAGUAGUUGUGUCUGUAGCAGGAGCUUUCCGCAAAGGAAAAUCUUUUCUGCUGGACUUCAUGCUUAGAUACAUGUAUAACAGGACUUCUCCUUGCUGGAUAGGUGGAAACACUGAGCCAUUGACUGGGUUUACAUGGAGGGGUGGAUGUGAACGAGAAACCACAGGCAUUCAAGUCUGGAGUGAAGUGUUUGUAAUUGAGAAACCCAAUGGAACAAAGGUUGCUGUACUACUCAUGGAUACCCAAGGUGCCUUUGAUAGCCAAUCCACUAUCAAAGACUGUGCAACGGUUUUUGCUCUGAGCACCAUGACAAGUUCUGUCCAGGUAUAUAACUUGUCUCAGAAUAUUCAGGAGGAUGACCUUCAACAUUUGCAGUUGUUUACAGAAUAUGGAAGACUAGCUAUGGAAGAAAUUUACCAAAAGCCGUUUCAGACAUUAAUGUUCUUAAUUAGAGAUUGGAGUUAUCCUUAUGAACAUGCAUAUGGCUUGGAAGGAGGAAAAAAGUUCCUAGAGAAAAGAUUGCAGGUAAAGCAAAACCAACAUGAAGAGCUACAGAAUGUAAGGAAGCAUAUUCACUCCUGUUUCAGUAAUCUUGGCUGUUUCCUGUUGCCCCACCCUGGUCUUAAAGUUGCAACAAAUCCAAAUUUUGAUGGGAGAUUGAAUGAUAUAGAUGAUGAUUUUAAGAAUGAACUGCGGAAUUUGGUACCAUUACUGCUUGCCCCUGAAAACUUGGUAGAAAAAGAGAUUAGUGGAUCCAAGGUGACCUGUAGAGAUCUUGUAGAAUACUUCAAGGCAUACAUUAAAAUCUAUCAAGGAGAGGAGCUACCUCAUCCAAAAUCUAUGCUGCAGGCAACAGCCGAGGCGAACAAUCUUGCUGCUGUGGCAGGAGCAAAAGACUUGUACAGUAAAGGCAUGGAGCAGAUUUGUGGGGGAGAUAAGCCUUACAUUGCCCCAUCGGACCUUGAGCGGAAGCACCAGGAUUUCCGAGACACCGCGGUCAGGCAGUUCCGCUCAGUGAAGAAGAUGGGAGGGGACGAGUUCUGUCGGCGCUACCAGGAACAACUUGAAGUGGAAAUCGAUGAGAUCUAUGCAAACUUUGUGAAGCACAAUGAUGGCAAAAACAUCUUUUAUGCUGCUCGUACCCCUGCCACUCUAUUUGCAGUCAUGUUUGCCAUGUAUAUAACCUCAGGACUGACUGGGUUCCUUGGUAUGAACUCCAUAGCUACCCUGUGUAAUCUCUUGCUGGGGAUGGCUCUAAUAUCGUUUUGUACUUGGGCAUACGUUAAGUACUCUGGGGAAUUCAGAGAAGUUGGAACAGCCAUCGAUCAGAUUGCUGAAGCUAUAUGGGAACAGGUGUUUUCCAAACUCUUUGAAGUCCUUAGACGCCGAACGAUUCAUCAUGCUCUUACAUCAGUGCCGCGACAGCGACUCUCAUCCAACAAUAACAAGAAGAAAAACUAGCCAGUAUUUUUAACUUUAUUUCUGUAUCUGAAGUGUUCACACUUACACAUAUAGGACAAUAAGCUGGACCGUCUGGGCAGGUCUGCAUAAAUGCUGUAACCAUACCAGACUGAUGCUGCAUAUGGGGUAUGGAAUUGCACAUCCAUCUUCUAGGAACUGUAAAGUGGUUUGAAUUCAGUGAAAUACUGCUAUGUAGGAGGGUAUCACUUGUGUCCAUAGCAUGUGACUGCUUUAACCUCAUUACUCUAGCAGCAAAACUCAUUUAUCUUUCAGUUCAUGCCACUUUGUGUCAGACUUCAUCAUUCUAAGUUUUUUCAUUAUUUCGAGUCUCAUCUCUUUAUAUGGUUUGUAUUUUAUUUUCCUUGGUUACCUCAUUUUCUUGUUUCUUUUGCACAUUUCUCAUUCCACAGGUGUUGAAGCCCAUGAGUGAUAAUUUGAUGGAGGAUCAUAUGAGGCAGUCUGUAAAAAACUCUAUCAAAGCAGGCCUGACCGAGCAGGUGGCUCACCAUGCCAGACUAAAGACAGACUGACAGUUCGUCUCCUCUUCAACUCUGCCCUCUCAUCCUAGACAUGCUUGCUGUACCAUGAGAACUCAAUAAUAAAAAAUAAAUAAAUAAAAAUAAACCAAAGUUUACAAUCAACUGUAGAAGUAGUUUAGUGUGACUGGCUACACAGUUUGCUGCCAUCACCGGGGGAAAGUAAGUUUGUCAGUGCUCUGCUUCUCAGACAGACUGGUGCCAUGGAGACCGCUGGGGUGGGAGGGAGGGUGUCAGUUUUACAUAUAGUCCUGGUGAACUCUGUAUGUGUGUGUUUGGGGGUUGGGGAGGGGGAUCUUCCUCCAGCGU